UUUUGCCAUCGCUUGCGCCCGGUUCGUCGGGAUAAUACUCUUAUUAGUUUGGAUGUGAUCGUGCUACAUGGACUCCAACCUUACACUGAAAUCCAGCGAUUCCCCCCGUCCUGGUUUAACUGAAUGGCAAACGUAAAAGUCGCGAUUCGAGUUCGUCCUCCGAACUCAAGGGAGAGAGUGGAUGGAGGGAGGAUAGCUGUACAGGUGGAGGACAAUGUGGUGAGAAUAAAAAAUGUUAAGCCGGACGGGCGUCUAGACGGGCGGGCGGAAGCUGCAGGCGACUGCAGGCAGAGGCUGCUGGAGUUUGCCUUCGAUUACUGUUAUUGGUCUGUGAACCCAGAGGCACCCAACUAUGCCUCGCAAGAGGAGGUUUUCCAGGACCUGGGCGUGUCCGUGCUGGCUGGGGCAGCCGAGGGCUACAACGUCUGUCUGUUUGCGUAUGGGCAGACAGGCUCAGGGAAGACCUACACCAUGAUGGGAACACCAGAUUCUAUUGGAUUGACGCCUAGGAUCUGUCGAGGUCUUUUCAGAUCUCAUAUCGACUCUCCUGAUGGACAGAACUGCAGAGUUGAAAUCAGUUUUUCAGAGAUCUAUAACGAACGCGUGCGUGAUCUUCUCAGAGGGACAAACCAGAAAAAGCCGCCCUCCCUGCGCGUGCGGGAGCACCCAGAAAAGGGACCCUAUGUGCAGGGUCUCUCUCAGCAUGUGGUGUCAGAUUACAAGCAGGCAGUAGAUCUGUUGGAGGAGGGCAUUGCUAACCGCAUCACAGCAGCCACUCAUGUUCAUGAUGCUAGCAGCCGAUCACAUGCCAUCUUCAGCAUCCAGUACACACAGGCUAUUCUAGAGAAUAACCUCCCCUCUGAAAUAGUGAGCAAGAUCAACUUGGUGGAUCUGGCUGGCAGCGAGAGAGCAGACCCACAGUACUGCAGAGACCGCAUCACCGAAGGAGCCAACAUCAACAAGUCCCUGGUCACUCUGGGCAUCGUUAUCUCUGCCCUCGCCCAGAACUCUCAGAUGUGCAGCAGCAGUCAGAGCAUCAACAGUGUGCUGAGCGAGGGCGAGGGCAGCCAGUCCAGCUCGCUGUCCGGCAUCGGCCGUCGCCUCUGCUUCAUCCCCUACCGAGACUCCGUCCUCACCUGGCUCCUCAAGGACAGCCUGGGCGGCAACUCCAAGACCAUCAUGAUCGCAACUGUCUCUCCUUCCUGUAGCAGCUACAACGAGACCCUCGGCACCCUUCGCUACGCGGCUCACGCCAGGAACAUCGUAAACAAGCCCAGAGUCAACGAGGACGCCAACGUGAGACUGAUCAGGGAUCUGCGGGAGGAGAUCGACCGGCUGAAGAGCAUGCUGCUGAGCUUCUCCAUGCAGAGGAACCCCAGCCCGUCCCUGAGCGAUGAGCGAGAUAGCAGCCUGUCGGACAUGGUGCUGCAGAACGAACUGAAGGUGGAACAGCUGACUAAAGACUGGUCAGAGGGCUGGCGCGACAAGCGAGCGCUGCUGGAGCGUUACAGCGUGGACAUUAACCAGGACAGAGCUGGCGUUCAGAUCCGUUCUCUCCUGCCCCACCUCAUCGCCCUGGAGCCGGAUGUGCUGACCACAGGAGUCACCAUCUACCACCUCCGGGAAGGGGUCACCAGAAUUGGACCUGAGGUCCUGCCAGAGGGUUCGGCAUGUGAAAUUGAGAAUCAGAACGGGAUAGUGACCCUUAGGCCCCUCCCACACAGCGUCUGCAUGGUCAACAGCAGAGAUGUCACUGAACCGUGUAGACUUGCACAAGGUGCAGUGAUAACAUUAGGAGGGCUCCGCAAGUUCCGCUUCAACCACCCUGCAGAGGCAGCUGUUCUAAGAGAGAGGAGAAGGACCAGCGAGGGAGGUCUGCUUUGUAGCUCCUCGGUGCAGGACGAGCUCACCCUUUGCUUGAGGAUGGCGGCAGCAGGUAGUCAGGAGCUCGGUGACGGACCUCCUCCAAGACAGCGGUUGGAGGAGCAGCAGCGCUAUGUGGAGUGUCUGCGGGAGGAGAUCCAGGUGGAGCAGAGGCGAGCGGAGAGAGAUCUGGAGAGGGAGCAGGCGCACCUGCGACAGCAGCGGGCCGAGAUCCUGCAGUGGAUUUUGGAGGAAAAGCAGCAUCUUUCUGUCGUCAGGGAAAGGGGAACACUGGAAUCAGGGAUGCAGACGGAUCUAAUUCCUCUGCCUGCACUGGCUGGUGUUAAUAAGGAUUCUCUGGAGGAAGGUGACCCUGAAAUGGUGAAUCCAUUGAUGAUCGUGGUGGGUGUUAGGAAACGGGUGGUGCAGGAGGAGCUCCUAAAACACCAUGCACUUCGAAGGGCCGAGAAUCGCAUUCGCCGCAAAAGGCUGCAAUACCAACUGGAGAGGAUCGCUCGCAAGCGCCAUCUGCUGGAGGCAAAGCGAGAGCUUCAGAGGCUGGAGAAUGCAUUUGCGGUGGACGGAUUGUCGUCCCCUGAGCUGGCAUCUCCUAAGUGCAGGGGCCGACUGGUACUGAGAAGGCAUUCAUUCUCUGCUGAUCUUCUGUCUAGACUCUACACUCAUCAAACACCCAUUUUCAGCCAGUUUCUUAGGAGGAAUAGAUCAUCUGAGUUCACAGCAUCUUUCACUAGGUUUGCAUGUCCUGGGAAGUGGGGAUCUGAGGAAUAUCUUCCAGAUCAAAUAACUAGAGGCCGCUCCAACACUAUGCCCUCAAGGUAUGGUCAAGGAACCUCUAGUAGAACAGGUUCCUCUGAGAACCUCAAAACAUUCCCAAAGGAAGAUCGAACAUCAGGUGGAAUGACUGGGGGGAAAGCUCAUUCAGUGGAUCCUGAAUCAUUAGUCUGCAAUCACACAGAAGAUCAUAACAUAUCCUCACAAACUACACUGGCUUCAGAUAAUAGAGAAUCUAAAAGGGUACUGCCAAUAAUAAAACAAUCAAUAACACAGAAAUCCUCACCUAAGGGUACCAAAAGUUUACCCUGUGGCAGAAGUAAGGGCUUGGAGACAAUCCGCAAAGCACUUUCGCGAUCAGUUGGCUCAGGCAUAAAGACAGCAUUGUCAAAGGUCUUUCGCAAGCCUCCGUUAGGUUUAAGAGGUAGCAGAGGUGCUAAAUCGGCUAGCAGGGCAAAAGCGCAGUGUAUUGGGGAAGGAAAUAAAGUGAAAGCUGUGGGAGAGGCGAGGACAAUGCAGCAGAAUUGCUCUAUUAAAACAGCGAUGUCUUGUGAGGGUUUGGCUCACCUUGCCUCAUUAAAGGACAAGAAACACAGACGCUGGCACAGCGCUGAGGCCCUAACAAAUAACACUGGAAAAUGGCUGAAGAAACAAGAAGAGUUGACUGAAUGGGUAGAGAACAGUAAGGAUGACUCUUCAGACUGCGACAGCCUUUUCUCAGUGGACUCCCUCUCAUCAGCCUAUACCAAAGCUCUGGCUGAGCAGCUGAAGCAGGAGAACUGUGAGCCCAGCGAGGCAGAGAGUGAGGACAGUCAGAUGUCCAAGGACUCUCUCGUCAUGGACAUUAGCAGGAAACUCGGCACUGCCGGGCCAGUGCCAAAGGCCGUUCAGUCUUCGUGUUGUAGUUUCCAGUCCUCAUUCAACCUACAGUCAGGCACUGGAAGAGAAAAAUUAUGGAACACCAAGGAAAUGCCUACAGAGGCUUUCUGGAGCCUACAUGGGAGUCCGAAGAUAGUGGCAAAGCAAUCUUCGCAGCCAGUACCUGAGUCCAGAGCCUCCAGUAAUGCCAGUGUCAGAGAGCCAGAGAAUUUACUUACUGAUGCGUGGUCCUCCACUGAUGCAGCAGAUAGUCCUCGUAGCCUCAGAGCCUCAGGGGGCUUCAUGAAAAAGGCACUACACACGCCAGCAGGGAGCUGUAGCAACCAAAGCUCGGCUAGUCUCGAUCUGUCUAGUACAGUGAAUGAGUCAGAAGGCCAAAGAUCACCCUACUCUGCAUCACUUGAACAUCAGUCUUCUGAAAGGGAAACAAGCUUGGAUUAUUAUUGGAAGGAACAUGACUCUACCUACUGUUCCACAUCUGAAAGCACCAUAUUAAACAUGAGUGAUGAGCUGUUGAGUAAUUCUAAGUCACAGUACAAUACAGAAGAGGCUUGCAUCACUGAGAAUGUGGUGAACAAUCCCUCCUCUGACACAAACACACAUCAACAUGACACAUUACGCACUAAUAAAUCAAUGACAUCAGAUUCAGAAUCUCUGGAAGCCUAUGAUAUGGAUGUACUAAUAGUCAAUACUUAUUCCAAAGAUAAUGAUGGUAUACCAGAUGAGAGUUCUUCAGGAUGCUUACCAAGUGAAUCCCUUAAUGGGUAUUUGCAGAGUAGCACCACGAAUCAAACUAUCCUUGAUGAACACACAAUUCCUUCAUAUGGUGGGAAUGUCUAUAUGAAAAGAUGUUCAAAACAGGAUGAGCAUUUUACACAGACAUUGCAAGAAACAGGAUAUACAGAAGGUUUUGAUGCUUUUCAGUUUGACAGUGAUUCCAGAAAUAUUAGUGUUCCUAAAAAUGAUGGACACCACUCAUCUGUAGAAAGCCUCCAUUCAAAUAACGCUAUCCAUUCAGACAAUGAUUUGGGAAAUGUUAAGGGGUGCUUCAUAUUGUCCGAUAAGGAACACCAUCACGUAGUAAUGCACUGUUCAGAAACAGGAGGUGAAUUUUCACAGAAGGCUCAAAGCAGGACCGAGCAUGUAGGAGAAGCUGUGGGUGAUGGGAAAUCCUUGGUGCAGUAUCAAGGAGUGAGUGUUUUUGCCUCCACAGAAAGUUGUACAGAGAAUUAUAAUGCAAGAGAUACCAAAGACUACACUUUUGUAACAGACAUGAAGGAAGAAAAUUACAAUGAAUUAGCAAACACUUUAAAACCAUGUGAUGUACACCUAAACCAAGACUCUUACAAUGCAUCAUAUAAGCACUCAAAAAAAAGUAUCAAAACUGCUCAUGAUGUCUUAACAGGCAAUAUGCAAAUUCUGAAGAGCUGUAUAGGAUCUCUUCCUCCAUGUGAUUUUGCUGUUGUAGAGAUUAAAGCAGCAACAAAGUUUGAUGACAGUUCUAGUACCAGCAAAGACUCAGCAGGUAAACUUUCACCAAUAAAAAAUGAGACGUCAGUGAAGUCAUCCAGUGACCACAAAAGGGGGAACUUGGAACAAAAUUCAAAAGUGCCAUCAGUGGGUAACGCUGUGUACCGAAACAGCAGCAGUCCUGUUGCUAACUGUACAUCUGACAACAGAAGUGCAGUUAUGAGUACCAACCAGCAUAUGAUAGCCCAGGAUCUCAUGAAUGAUGAUGAAAUGAGUAUGGAGGAAGUGAAAUAUGAUGCAUCUUAUGUUGAGGUUAUGGAAAGAGAAGUAUUGUGUAACAGAAAGAUUUAUCUUUCAAUAAAUGAGAAGAUAUCUGAAGUGGUGAAAGAACACCUGAAUAUGUCUCUAAAAGUGGAUGUUGGUGAAGACAUUAGUAGAGAACUAGAGCCAAAUGGCACAAUCUCAGCAAACGGCGUGGAUGAUCUUAUGAAAAUUCAGAGCAAACAUGAAAUUGGACCUGAAAGUUCACAUACACUUCUAUUUGAGACUGAGCCAGAACCUCCUACUGAAGAGAGCGCCAGGGAUAAAGCAGCUAUCUGUUGUCACCAAAAGGAAUAUAGUCACACAGAGAAAGAAAUUGUUUUACACCACACUGCAAAUGGAUUGGGUUGCCUGUCCGGGUCCAUGGAGAGCUGUACUGUAGAAAUAAAGGACUCUGAUAAUCACAGUUUAUGUAAACCUGUGCCAUAUGCAUUCAAUGGACAAGGCCUGGGAAACAUUAAGUCACCCAAAGCAAGCAAUGUCUUAAGUGCUGAAUCAAUUGAUAAUCAUCCUGAUGAUUUGCUCAACCAAGUGAUGAAGGAAAGAAGCAAGCCCAGGCAUCUGACUUUGAUGUCUAGUGAUAUAGAAUGCACUGAAGUCCUUCGAGGUCCUGACUAUGUCACCUCUAAACCCUCAGAAGAUGACCAGUGUGCACUGAUGAAAUCAGAGACUACACCAAUCGGUGAUCCAUGCCAUAAUCUCACUCCUACAAGCACCGCUGUAAGGACAGAGUCUGGAUUUGGCUUUGCAGCGUGCACACAAGAGAAGGCUCCUGCAAGAAACUGCUUACCAGAGAUGUCAAGUUCAUCAAAAAUAAAUGAUGUUCAGGCUUCAGGUCGAUACUCAGAAAUCAUGGUAGACCACCUGACAUUUGAAAUGCAGAAAGAGGCAGCCCUGAGUAAACCCGUGAAGGCAAGUAAAGCAGAUAUGGCUGCUGAAUUUCAGCAGGUAUUGGAGGGCGGUACUACUGCACAUCUUGGCAAUGAGCGAAAGAUUCAGUUUACAAAAAAUAUUCAGUGCUCAUUUAAUUCAAAUCUAUGCCACGAAGCAGCUGAAUGUUACUUUCAGGCGGCUGGUUCUAUACCAUUUAACGCACUAGACCAUCAAGAAUGUACUCCAGAAAACCUUGAAAAAUGCCACAUUUCUAUCAUCCAAGAUCACAAUACAGUUGAGCAGAAUACCUCUAGCAUCAUGACUAAAAGUAAUAACAAUAAUCACACUUACUAUGGAGAACUAAACAAAGAUACCACUGUUUCUCAAGCAAGCCAGGCUCUACUAAAAACACAUGCUCCGUCGCAGCCACAGAGAGAAAGCCGAUCACAGGUCAUCCAAAGGGUCAUUAUGGACAGAAACACUUAUAAUGGGCCUCAACCCGAUCAUCAGGCAGCAUGUAAAGGGGACAGUAAGCAUCACAGAAUCGAAAGGAAUAUUCAAGAUGAAGAGAUGCUGGAGCCUGCAAACGAACUGCGAGUUUGCAGUUCAUCCACACUCGCUGACUCUGCCGGCUCACCAAGAAGAGCAGACCAGACAGACACAGGAGAGGUGAAUAAACCUGAGGCCAAAUCAGCAGCCACUUCUGACCUAACUAUGUCUUUAAAUAUGAACCCAAAGAGAUAUGGUAACAACAAAUCUGAAUUCAGUCAAAAGGCAACUGUUGGAGAACAUGCCGUGCGGUUCACGCCCUGUGGUAGUAACGAUGGCCGUUCAAGAAUAAAGCCAAAAAGAUACAGAAGGGCCCAUUUUACUGCCCCUCCAAGUUCAUCCACAGACUCAACACCUGAUUCAUCCUUGGAUGAGACUGCCAAAACUCUAAUCCAGCAAUGUAGCAGGACUGUUCAAGCCACACCUGGCGUACCUGCUGUUGGCAAAAAGAAUGCGGUUGCUGAAAAUGAAUCCGAAAGUCUCUCACCUGAUAAACUGUGUACAUCUUCUGUGGUUAGUCAAGGAGACUCGAGCAUGAGAGAAAGCUAUCCUCUGGAGAUUGAUAUUGCAAACCCUAGAGUAGGAGUCACCAUAGGUAACACUACUGGCGAAGCAGAGGAGAAUAGUCUCCGACAUAGGCCAAGUCAUCUCACGACGAAGAUAUUUAAAACUGGGCUGUCAAACACUGGUGAAGGAGUUUAUUUAACCAGACAUGUCCCGAAUGGCAACAAGCAUAAAGAAGCACCAUCGUCUGACAAAAAUCUCAUGCAAAAUAGAGAACCUAUGCUCCAUUUUGCUUCAAGUGACAUCAAUCCCUUUAUUCACACAACAAAAGCUGAUGAGUUGCUCAGAACUGUGCCCAAAAAUCAGGCAUUUGGAAGUGCUGUCAAUAUAUCCCGCCUACUUUCUCCACUAGAAAGUUCAGAAAAGCAUAUAACCAGAUGCUGCAGCGUGGACAAUGGGUUGAAUGUCCUGAAUUCUCCUUUUAACUCUCAUUUGAGUAGUUAUGCAAUCCACAAGGGGCUUUCUAGUACAUUAAGUAGUGUUGAAGAUUCUAAAGAACAUAGUUGCACAGAGUCCCAGCUGAAGGGACUUUGUCAUACCUCUUUUGUUUUUAAUGAGAAGACCUUAGCAGAUUUAAGCAGUGAAUCUUGCAACAAUACCUCAGACUUGGGUCAUAGCUCUGGCCAAGUUGAUGAAAUAGUACUGGUCUACUCUUCUGACCAUGAAACCCAAGAAAGUGGACUCAAGGGUUUAAGUAAAUGUGAUCACAGCACGCAGACAUUUGUGUUUGAUGAGGACCUGAAGAAAAAACUCAGACACAAGAGAAGCCACACCCAGGUACCUGUGUCCAGUCAGACACAUGGAACAUCAACCACAUGGGCAAGUCUACAGAAUAUGUCUGCACAUCUCUCAGAGUUGAUUCUUAACACAUCUGACCUUCUGGGAAACAUUCAGUGUAUGAGAUCAGGGGAAAGGUUUCUGCUGUAUGAAAAUCCAGCAAAAAACAGUAGUUACAUUUCAGCGGUUCACUCUGACAAGUAUUGUAAGAGCGAUGGCUCCACCCAAACUGUUGUAGAUAUCGGUAUCCAGACUGAAGACACUUCAAUGCUGAUGAAGCAAAGCAAAGUUGUCAACCAAAGCCCAGCUGUGGAGAACGCCAAAGCACAUGAGGUCAAUGUGACUGUCAGAGUGAUUGGUACAGGUUCUUGUGGUGCAUCAAAGCAAGAUGGAAUCACAAAGUCCUAUAGCGAAUGGUGUGAAAAUAAACAGCCCUUUGAGACUAUUAAAAGUAUGCCUGACUUGCGCUCUGAAGGCUUACCUCCCUCUGUGCAGCUGGACAGGAAGUUAGAGGUUUCAGCUUCAAAGGUGGUUUCCCUAGAAAAUGUUGUAGCCAAUCAGAGCUACCCCAGCCCAAAGGCCGUAACUGCUGCCACUAUAGAUCAUAUUAGUAACCCCUCUUCCAAAUGUUUUGGAGUUUGUGCUCACAGAAAAGGCAGUUCGGCGAUAUCUGCAAGGGACAAUCAAUUAAAUCAGAGAGAACCGAAGCCAAGAAAUUGCCCUGAUAAACGAAUAUUGGUUAUGGACCGUGCUUCCUCACCGAUCCUUACUGUGGAGGUGCCCAGUUGCUUUCAGAAAGAGAAGACAAAGUCUGCUCAGUGCUUGUCCAAUCACAAGAAAAGUCAAAGGCACAGGCCUUCUGAAACACAGCUGUCAACAUCAUUCAAAGGUUUACUUGAAAGCAAGCAAAUGUCCACCACUGAAAAUCAAGCACUGCACCAAACAGGUCAGUUUCACAUACGUCAGAAAGAAACGAUUCGUGACAACAGACAAGCACUUUCUGUGUCUCUUGAAAAUUUGACUGACACCAGUUGCACAAAUGCAGACAGCUCGGUGGCAUACUCCAUAGAAAGUAUUCAUUCCUCUGGCACACACAACGAAGGGAGAAAAAAACUCUUUAAUAGAGUCCAAAGUGGAGGACUGUCUCAGUCCGUUUUGUGUAGUUCUCAGUCUUGCAGUUGCUCUUCCUCAGUCAAACAUGGGCAGCCUGAAAAUUGUAGCCAGAGCCAAUUGAAAUCUUCAACACCCCUCAAUCAAAGCUACAAAAACAGCAUGCUGGAAUAUAACCGCAGUUUUUCUGAUGGUAUGGGGAAGUGCUGGAAUGAUAUGAGCAAAAGAAUACUACAGCACCAAGAGGAAGAUGCGGUAUCACUGUCUCCAAGUGAGUGCAAUACAGAUGUCCUGGUCAAUGUCGAUCCACUUACUGACACCAGUCCCAUCAAAGAGGACCAACAGCUUCCUGAAGACUUGCCAAUGCACAACAAGUUUAAUAAUUGGUCAGGCAUCAAUCAACCACCACCAGCAGGGCUCACCAACAAAAGCAAUCCUACUGUGGCGAAAAACUCAGGUGUUAAUACUCAGAAUCUCCAUACAAGUCUGGCAGAGUCAGAAAGAACUGGAUCUGGGCCCAAGCCAGAGUUCUUGGAAGUGACUGAUAAAAGAACAAGAGAGAUUGAGAGACUGCGGAAGGACCGGGAGCAGGUAAUGGCCUCUGUGCGCUUGGACCUGAGUUCUCCUCAGCUGAGUGUGGAGCUCAAAGAGGCAAAAUUGCACUAUGGCCUAGGGGAGACAGACACGAUGCUGAAGCUGCUGAAGUCCAGCCCCAGGGAGGAGCCUGUCAUCUCCACCAAUCAGCAGCUCUAUGAGAGACACAGAAGGAGCAUUGACGGCUUGAGGAAGGAGAGAGAAGCUCGUCUUCAGACGUGCCGCCGGGCUCGAAGCCUCAGCCCCAGCAAGCACCCGAACUCAUCCGCCCAAAGGCCUUCCCAUCUGCCAAGCCGACGGAGGGAAUACCUGCAGCAGCUCCGCCAGGAAGUAGUGCAGACCAGCAGAGUUCCUGACCCACAGAGAAGAGGGGGUCAGUAUCCCCCCGAUAUUGAGCUCCUCCUGCGUGAUUACAGUCGGGCACGAGAAGAGGCAAGGACGGAGAUCGCCCGUGCUCGAGAGCGACUCCGUGAGCGGACGGAGCAGGAGAAGAGGAGAUUACAGCAGCAGGCUCUUGCACAGGCUGUGAAGGACGACAUAAAGAUUCGCACGCGUGUCAGCAACAGCACCUUGUGCACGGGUUCCAACCUAAGCCUCUCCUCCGGACCUACAUCUGGCUACAAUAGCAGCAAUGCAGCUUUACUGAAAGAUAGUGGCUCUCCAUCACUACAGAUCCCUGGGAUAUCAGAUGCAGGCUUCAGAGUCAAGAAUCAACCUUCUGUCAUCCCCUUUCAAAACUCUAAGGCUCCGCGGGUGUGGCUGUCAGCUCAGGAUGUUCGCCUGGAGACACCUCCCUCUGGAUUGGAGCUUCAGUCCUGCUCAUCUCCGUCGACUCCACCUGCGCGGCAGCGCACCUUUUCUUUCGGUUGGCCCUCGUCCGUUUCCACAUCGUACCAAGACAUCGCUGACUGCACUCUUGACAGUGCCCUGUCAGAGGUUCAUUUAGCCUCUGGUGGAGACCUAAGGAAUCUUCUGGAGGGAAAGGCUGCAGCUGGCUGGAGGCAUCAGGGUAUGGAGCGAGGGGUUCAGACCUUCCACAGGCCAUCCUCCAGGCCCUCUGCUCAUGGGUUUCUGGGAGCCAUGGAGCUGGACAGACCUCUGGCUAGUGUGUGGAAUUUGAUCCGAGACCACUCUAAGACACACCUCUUCCACGAGUCUCUCAGGUCUGCCUGGACGCGCUCCCUAGAUGACAGCACGCAACUAGUCUACCUGCUGACUGAUCCGGCCAACUGUCAUCUUAAACAGCCGCGGGAUUUUUGUUGCCUGAGCACUGAGUCCAAACAGAAUGAUAUGUGGGUGUUGGCCAUGCAGUCUGUCUUUGAGGAGUCUCUCCCUCGCCCCAGUGCGGACACCAUACGUGCAGAGAUGCUUCCCAGUGCAUGGGUCCUUCAACCCAGCCAGUGUCGGGAUCGUAUCGUGCUCAUAGUAACGUAUCUACUACAGGUGGAUUUGGGAACGCCAUCCCUGCCUAAGAGGUUUCUGAAUGUAGUGGCUCGGAGCCAAGCAGCCGUAAUCGCAGACCUUGAAUCCUUUUUGUCCUCGUGAUGGACCAGGUUCCAUGUAGCAACAAGCACUUAUUUUAAGGCCCUUAAAGCCCUUCGCAGAGACUUCGCACCUCAUUCCUUUUUUCUCUGGUUCUUUACCACUGAGCACUGAUAUGAUUUAUGUAUAGAAAAAUAUGAUGUGAAAUUUUUUAUAUUUUAUUUGUGUGUCUUUUUUACAUUUUAUCUGCUCUUUAUGGUGCUUCCAUGUGCCAAGGUGUUGAUAAACAUCUGGUCUAAACGUUUUGUUGCUGGUGGUUUGUCCAAACACCCAUGUAAUUCUUAUAGGUAACUUAUGAAAUGUACUUGACAUAAAUUAUUCUGCUUAUUAUUAGACAUAUUUAGAUUAAAUAAAUCCAGUAUUCCUUAGGUGUCUAUCCUCAGCCUGAAGCUAAUUUUACUGAGCUUUAAUAUUAAAGGAUGGGGUAUUUCCUAUCCAUCAUGUAUUUCCCAUCAUCUGUUUCUUAUCUAUUAUCUAUUUCCUAUCUGUUAUUUUCCAUCAUGUAUAAUCAAGUGCAGCACAACUCCAUCGAUAGCUUUAGUACUGAGAAAUGUAUCUGCAACUUCUCACUGGGCAUAAGCAAAUUUUAUUAUUGAGGCCUUGAAAAACCCCUCAAAUCCCUUUCUGGAAAAUGGGAACUUUUUUCCAAAGACACAUGAAUAUACUGUGUGUUUCCCAUUCUCAAAAAGGAGAUUUCCUCGAUGCCUUUGGGGACUUAACUGGCUCCCCCAUUGGACCGUGUUAAAUUCCUGUGAGAAACUGUACAACAGUAAGUUUCGCUGCCAGUAAGUUCAUGCUGUCAUUGAAUUUAUUACACAUGAUUAUAAAAGAUGGGAAAAUAUUGUAGGAUAUUGUAAGAUAUGGCUUGAAAACUAGUCAACAUUGUCUUUAAAAGCUGAGAUAUUUGAAACUUGAAUUUGACAAACUUUGCAAAGAAGCCUUCUGGCUGAAUAUGUGUAAUAUGCAGUAUAGAACAUCUGCAUCACAACUGCAACACAUGUCCAGUGCAGUUUUCAAUGGGACCGAGACCACAGUUAACUUAAAACAACCCAAUUCCUGCUACACUGUAAGUGAUAUGCAAUUUGACAAAAAUGUUUUAUUCUACUUUUUACUGUCUUUUGCCCAUUGACAUCUGCAGUAUUUUUUUUUUCUAUUUUCCCCAUGUUUUAUAUUUUAAUUUAAUGUGAUUUUAAGCUUGUAUUCUUGAAACUGUAACAUGAACAAAACUUUGAUCACACUCACGGUCAUAGUUAGCAGUUGUUUGGUAAUCUACUGUAGUUUCAGUCCAAGUAACAGUAACCAUGCGUUCAAGCUAAUAGUUUUUAUCCCAAAGUUCGUCCAAUAGGAUUGAAAUGUUAGUGCAUUUCAGUAAUAUGACAAAGUGUAAAUGUCAUUGGAUGUGAAGCACCACUGAAAUGGAAUCUGUCUUCAGGAAAGUUUGGUUCAGACAAGUCAGUUUGCUUAUGUUGAAGAAGGAAAAAACCCAAUUACUGAUCACCUGUGAAAUAAUAGCCACAUCUGUCUAUUUUAUUUUUCCAGAACAUAAACAUCUUAUCUCACAGAGUCAUAUAUUUCUGCACAUGGUAGAUGGCACAACUCGGGUUGCUGUGAGACCACAGUGAUAUUGCUUCCACUUCAUUUCAUUUUGAUCUCUGUUUCUGUCUCUAAUAUGAUUUCAUUCUAAUCUGAUUGUACACCCCCCCCCCCCAAAAAAAAAGAAAUCUGUUAUCAUUAUCAAUGGUAUAAUUUGUCCAGGUACCAAUGUGAGCUAGAUCAUGUAUACAGUAAUAAUACACACUAUAGUUAUGUACACAAUUUUAGGGUCAAAGGCAUGAAAUGCGUGACCACUAAGGAAUUAGAUCAGGCUUUUAAGAAGCACUGCAGAAUGAGACCAGUACAGUAGGCUUUGACUGGAGCCCAUGGUCAAGGACCUGAAGGAUUCAUUUUCCACUAAAACAGAAUCAUAUGGGCUAAUGAAGGAAGCUCCUCCCUUAUUCUUGUCUGUAUAUGCAACCCUGAUGCAAUAUUAGCUAUGAUAUCUAAUCUCUAUUAUAUUGAAAUGUAAAAUAAUUUAUAACAUCUCUUGUGGUUGGUUUGCCUGUUUUCAUUUUUGGUGUUUGUGGUUUGUUUGGUUUUUUUUGUUUUUUUAAUACUUUGGUGAAAUGAAAAGGCUACAGUCGGCAUUUAAUUUAUAUACAAAAGCAUUAUUUUCAUAAAUAUAUUUGCCCUUUCCACGA